AUGUAUGGCCUGGCUAGUCCGGCAAAGGAGGUUAGUCCUCCACCAAGCCUGGGCCAAGACGGCGCGAAGACCACCACCACCUCGAUCACCGUCUCGACCACCACCUCGAUCACCACCACCACCUCGCCCAUCACUAGCGCCAGAGACGACCGGGGUAGCGGUGAGCCCAGGAGCGAAGCGGGAGGCGAUGGCGAAGACGAGGAGGAUGAGGAGGACGAGAAGGGCAUGCCUAAUGCCGUCCGUAUGCCCGAACCCUCAAAGAUUUGCAGAACAUCCAUCCAGGAACAAGUUAAAGAGCGCCACACUCGGGCAAUGGAGGACAUAGCUCGCAGCCAGGAGCCCGGGGAGAUUUUGGCCCACUUGCUGACCAGCGGCUACUUCAACGUGUGCUACUGGGACCACGCCCGGACCACCGUGGACAAUCUGAAUAUGAAGAACGGUAGGAAGAAAGGAGUGGAGAGACUCUAUUCACUACUGUGCAAGCGUAUCCCCAACAUGAUUGAACUACCGUAACUACAGCACAGUGUACCGCCUUUUGCAUAGGAAGAA